UAAGCCAAUUUAUGCGCAUAGAAAAGCUCCAGGCGGCGUCAGCUCGCCAGCAUUGCUCGGCGCUCGCAUCCAGCUGCCAACAGCAGAAGUGGCAUAGUGUAACUUUUCACCCCGAAACUAGUCUGACAGUUUAUGGCCUUGCCACAGUGCUAAAGGUGUGUCAAAGAAAGGGAAAGAUUCCAAAAGAAUGAUGAAGAAGGAUAUUAAUUUGACUCUGAGCGACGCAGAGAUUAAGCCCCACCUUCGCGACGUUGACGGCAUUUUGGGCCCCUCGGAUUUGGGACUGCUCAAACUGUCCUCGCCGGAAUUGGAGAGGCUGAUCAUCCAGUCUAACGGGAUGGUCACAACCACGUCGAGUGGCUCCCACUUCCUGUUCCCAAAGCCCGUGACGGACGAGCAAGAGUUCGCCGAGGGAUUCGUCAAGGCGUUGGAGGAUCUGCACAAACAGAACCAGGGACCGGCGAACGGCACUUUGGAUCUGGUCCACAACAUCAACAUCGCCGCGGUUACGACGCAGCUGGAUCUGCCCGUGUACACGAACCUCAGCAGCUACGGCAGCGGGCCCUCUGAGACCACCGUCAACUAUUCCACGGACACGGUGCCUUUCCCACCCCCACCGCCGCCUCACCUUUUCGCCGGAGCGCCUUCGGCGGAGCCGGAGCUCUCCAGUCGAGCGCACCCGCCCAAGGAGGAGCCUCAGACGGUGCCGGACGUGCAGAGCUUCGGGGACAGCCCGCCGAUGUCUCCCGUCGACAUGGACUCGCAAGAACGGAUCAAGGCCGACAGGAAGCGGCUGCGGAACCGGAUCGCCGCUUCCAAGUGUCGCAGGCGCAAACUGGAGCGGAUCUCCAGGCUGGAGGACAAGGUGACGACGCUGAAGAACCAAAACACCGACUUGACGUCUACGGCCAACGUCCUCAGAGAGCAAGUGGCCCAACUCAAGGAAAAAGUCCUCACUCACGUCAACAGUGGCUGUCAGCUGUUACCACACGAGGUUCAGGUGCACUAGACCAGCUUUUCACAACGAGAGGCAAAUUUUACAUGAGACAAAUCUCACGGAACAACAACAACAAAAAUCACUAAAACCAUACAAACUGAAAUCAUGACAAUUGAUCACAAGAGUUAGGUUGUAAAAAAACAGCAAAUGCUUGCAUCGAGUGGUUUUCAAUUUUUGUGGAUCUCCAAGCUCCACAAUAAUGACCUAUACUAAAAUAUACAAAGCUAGUACUCCAAAGUCCUAAAAAGCAAAAAGAUAAGGCAGAAGUUGUAUUCCCCAAAAGUCUAAUCAUUGAGUAUAUAUUAUAUGAGUUCGACAUGUGGAACACCAAGUACUGUCAUGUAUUACAAAUGAAGACUUGUAUCAUUUAAAUAUUGAAUUCAAUGUUUCUGUCGUAUGCCACUAGAGGGAGCCUUCCUAAAACUUUUGCUGCACUCUGUUGUAUGAAUGGCAACAGAUAAUUGUGCUUUAUUAUUUAACAGAAACCCCUUUAAUUGUUCAGAUCGUCACUAAUUUUGGACCCAAUUAGGUGAAAUUGGAUAAUUUGCUGUUUCCAUGGCACAGUAAUUGGGAAUCACUGCUCUUGACAAGGAGGACCCUGAAUGACCAAUGCUCUACAUACAGUACACUCAUCAGUGGACAGUGUGUUGUACAGUGAUGUCACUCAACUUCAUGUAUCACAAGGCAGCUUUUAUUAACAAAUCUGGGUUUCCAAACUAAAGCGCUAAUCAAACAUUCAUGGUCAGACGUCCAAUUAAGUAAUGUGGUGGGCACUUAGGAGACUUGCUCUGAGGACCUUACAUUUAUUCAUAUAUGCAGUGUUAUGCGUCAAAUGUACUCUAUGAUUACAGCAUAAGGUGCACCUGUACAGUUACAAGGGGUGCUUAGUACCAUCACCGUUGGGGAUUUCAAGGUACGCUCACUUACCGCCAAAUUUAAUAUUUUUAAUUUGAUUGUUUAAUAUUUAUUUAAGUGUUUUUCAGACAAAUAUUUACUGUCAUUUUGACUGCUAUUCUGUUAGCCUAUGACUGACAAGUUAAGGAUCCUCUUGAUUAUUAUUUGUUACUUUUAGAAACAAUGUUACAUCAAAGGUAUGACUUUUAUCGUUGUGUAGGGUGGUGUAAAAAUGCUAAUAUAUGAACUCAUAUAUUAGCAUUUUUGCACCAUAAUAUAUUAGCUAAUAUAUCUAUUUUAUCCAUUUGAACCCCCACCCAUAAUGUUGCAAUGCAGUUGGUCACCACUGCAAGCUUUACAGAGAAACAUGUAUUGCUUGGAUGGUAUUACAUUUCCCAGGUGCACAUACUGAUGUUUUUAAAAAAAAAAUUGCAUGUUGUUGACAAACUCGAAUGUAACCAGCAGCUGAGUGUCACAUUAUGCAAUUAAUUAGCUGUGUCAUCCAGUGUUCAAGUUUUCUAUUUCAGCAUUCGGAAUCUCAUAUCAAGCCUGCAGUUAAUUCUGUUUAUCUUGUGAAAUAAAUUGUCCUCUAUUAAAA